AUGCUCAACCUUCAGUUAGUUUCAAAAUAAAUGAAACAAAAUGUGCAAUUAACCCUGAAAUCACUUUUGGCAAGUAUUGGAUUCAAUAAUCCAAAUACAACUACUCCAUACAGUAUAAUCUUUCGAACCAUAUUUGGAAGAGAAACCUACUUUUGGUCAUUUGAUGAAAGUGUCAAACCUUUCAAAAGACGCCAUCUUUUGGGAAUGCCAGUGAAAUCAAUGCAAAUUGGAUUAACCUAUACUGGAAUUCUCACAAUUCAAAAUAGAUUGUACAUUUGCCAAUCGCACGAAUAUUAAGAUCUCAUAAAUCAGAAACCAAACUUUAAAAUUAAGUAAAUUAUUUAAAUGCUUAUUAUCUAUCCAACAAUGUUUAAUACACAAAAGUAUCUUAACCUACUUUAGAAGAAGACGAUGAAAUUAUUCAAAUUGAGUGCGGAUGGAAAAAUGUUGCCAUCUAAACACAUUCAGGUAGGCUGUAUUUGACAGAAAAUUAAUUAAAAUAUAAUUAAAAAGAGAAAAAGAUACAUAACAAUAAUAACCAUAAUAAUAAAAUGAUGAGGGAGGAAUGAAGAGGAUAAAAAGCAGGCAAGAUUAUAAAGAUAUUAAAGAUUCGAAAGAAUCAAAAGAUUAAGAACAAAAAUCACAAUUACAGUAAUCUAAGUAUUGGAGUGACAUUUCCAAGAUCUUUAUCAAAUCUAAGUAAAACUUAAAAAUAUUAUUAUAGUGAUAAAAGAGAAUACAGACAUUAUUAUGUAAAUCUAAGCAAAGAUUACUUAGUUGUGAUUUGUUCCAUUUUCGAUAAAAAACUAUAUAAAACUAUUUCCCAGAAAUGUUAGAGCAAAAGGAAAUACAAAAGAAAUUUAAACCAACUCUAUAGGUAAUUGAUAGAAUACUUUGGGAUAUCAAAUUUAAUAAGGAUGAUUUUGUUGUUGGAUAUGAAGAUAGAUUCUUGGGAAUUAUGGAAGUUCCUUUUACUGAUUUUAUAAAUAGCUAGGUUAAAAGCCAUAGAGUUCAAUAUUUUAAAUAAAAUGGAAAAAUUGUGUGGGAUAGAUCUCGUAGACUUGAUUUAUUAUGA